AUGCGUCACUACAUUCUGCGACCUGGUGCCAUCAGUCUGGGUUUGAAAAUGAGCAGUUUAAAACUCUUCUACCUUCUGCGUCUUCGGAUACCACUAGUGGGCGAUGAAAGGCAUUCGGUGCUUUCAAUCGUGUGUGAUAUGCUAGAAUCAAGGAGCGUAAAUGAAGUGGUAAAGGGAAAUAUCAUUGACGGUGCGCUCAGUUUGCUUUCUCUGGAUGACGAGCAAGAAACUCCGGAUUUGAUGCUGCACGAAGGCAUUUUCGCAGAGAUCAAAAGGAUUUCUGUAAGCGAAUUCGUUGAGGAUGCGACAAUAGGCAGUCGAUUUGUUUCGAUAUUGUUGACGUUCUUGGAAUCGGGCGCAGUACGGUCCGACGAGGCUAUCCAGUCCUUGCUGCUCACUGUUUCACGGAUGCUUGCUACUGUGGCCAAUUCCGAGCAGUUUUUAAAGAACUUGGUAAAUAUGCAGUCAACACUGAUUGGACGCUCAAACCGUGAAGCACUUGCAAAGGUUGAAAGAACGAUAGCAUUGAAAGUAGUGGAAAGUAGGAAGGCAGAAUUGCUGAAUUAUGUGGCCGACCUUGACUCGUGGGAUGAACGACGGGUUGGCGAGCCGGAUCACGAUAAACGAUACAAUGCCUAUACAAUGCUUAAUCGACUUAAUGAUAUGUCGUUGCGCUCAAUGGCAACAACGAACUUCCGCAACGUUAUUGGCUACUUCGAGAAGUGUAACAUGGAUGGCUGCGAAAAACAGGAUGCGGUCGAUUCACAUUUGCUGCACCUCGUGUUGAAAGGAUUGCACAAUGAAAACGAGGUAUGCUAA